AAGGAUGCUCAGAUGUCAACAUUAAUCGUCUGUUUGCAGUUUUGUCUUGGUUGAAAAAUAACACCUCAUUGUGGUGAAUCGAUGCGUUGCUAGUUGUACAUUCACCCUACCAACUACAGACGAAGCUGUUAAAGUUAAUUGUGAUACAAACCCCGAGGGGUAUAGAUAUCUCCGUGUAAUUGUUUUCCCUGUCAUUGACCAAGUGCUGGCAUCUCCACUGACUCUUCUACCAGGUGUUUGAUUUUAUGUCUUCAUGAUACGGGAAUAUAGCAUCAGAUUGUGCUCACAGUAGCUUGAUUGUCAGAAUGAGCCACAAUCAGCCUUGGAAUGUAGCCGGGUUCAACCCACAAAACACUGGAGGUGUGCAGAUGUUUGACCCGUCACAAUUUCAUACCACGGUUGCUGCCACGUUAGGAGAUCAUGGUGGCACCGCGCCUGCUCAGAAAAUGUUGAACCCUGGACAAUUCCAAGCUCAGGCAUCAGCCACCAGUAUCCCAAACAGUAUGGAAAUGUCCAGACAGAAUCAUUUCCCACCAGCAACAAGCUCAGGAAGUUCUGCGUUCACUAGUCAAGACAGAGGAUCCUUAGGAUGGGCUACUGGGAAUCUUAAUCCUCAACAGGGGCAGAAUUUUGUGGAUUCUCAUUUUCAAGGACAGAAUUUUUUUAAUCCUGGAGACUUGCAGCACUGGAACCCGCAGCAGCAGCAGCAGGGACAGUGGGAUGUGUCGGGACAGAACCAUCCCCAACAGCAGAGUCAGCCCCAACAAGAUCAUCACUCCCAGUGGUCCCAAGCCAGUGACCCAGUGUGGGCCGAACCAGAGCCGUGGCUGAACGAGACCAGCUCCUGGGGUGGCACUCAGAGGCAGGCAGCCUCGGACUCACAAGUGCCUCAAGCUAACGCCCAGGUACCAAACCAGUAUGGUGGUGAGUACUAUAACAGUUCAGAUGUUUAUUCCCAUCCAGAGCAAGCGUAUCAUGCGGAUUCAGGUAGUGGACAAGUACAGCGGUGUGUUGGACAAGUGACUGACUCUUUUUCCCAGGCCCAGUUUACAAAUAGCUCUGUCUCGAAUGACCAGGUGCAAGCACCACAUCAGCAAGGUGGUGAAACAAUGGUGUACAAUACAGUGUCCAUCACAACAGACAAACACCAGGUGUCUGUGUCCUCUGUUGGUGGGUCCAGCAGGGCCUUUGCUGAGAGUGCAGAUCUGAACGACAGUGGCACUGUAUCCAGCUUCUUCGGUUCCGGCGACAUGUACGAAGCAGGUUCCCUAGAACCUGGUGCUGGUAAUUUGGCUCUAAACCCACCCGCUAAUCCAGCCUUGUUGCGGAUACCGUCUUUGAACAGAACUGCUUCAGAGAUCUCUAACUCCAGUCUUGUAACAUACCACAACUCCAGCCUAGAAUCCUUGGAUGGCACAGAUGUGCAGCAAGAUGUUGGCGAUCUCGCGGACAAAUUUCAGGCUGCCUCAAUGCAAGACAGCCCGGGUUCCGUUUCUACCAAAACAGACGUUAAACCAUCUGCACAACCGUUGCAACACGAAAUUUCGCCGAAAACCCCACAGUCUCAGGUGAUUUCUGACACGCAUUCAUUGUCAUCCUCUCAUCACAGCGGGGACAGCCUGGGCGCCAGCAUGAACCAGGGCAGCUUCGGAGGCCAUAGUCACCACAGCUCUCUGGAUAGCAGUGACUUGGGGCUGGGGUCUGGCUUUUCUAGUGGGCCGGGGACCCCAGCAGGCCCCACCCUGGACUUAUCAACAGGACAGCAACCUCAUCAACAGGACCACGCCCCUUCUUCUCUCCCAACAGAGCCAAGCAAAGGUUCUGUAGUGACACAAAGCAACCAGCAUGGCCACUUGUAUUCUGCGCAUGAAUCAAGUUCAUCCGUACUCCACUCACAUGCACAGGCACAUGCAUGUGCCAGUCAGGCUGAUUCAGGUCCUGUCAGCCAUCCACCUAUGUAUGGUUCUUCAGCUUUCGGAGGACACAACAUACAUGGGCAUCCAGGAGCAUCAACAACAUCUAGUCUUUCCUCUGGCACAUGGAGCACAAGUUCUGUUAAAAAUGUUUUGGAUUUAUCUCAUCAUGGUGGGGCUCACCCAAACCCAGGCAGUAUAGCACAUCCUGAACAUCAUAUUUCUACUGGUGGUCAUCUGGAAUCGAAUCCUGUUCUAGACACUUCCACUGACUCAAGCCUGAACACUAGUUCAGACACUGUAGUAGGUAGACCCACAAGUGCUUUUAAACCAGUGCGAAGCCCGAGUACAUCCAGGCAAAACAGCGGAGCGAGUAACCCGGACGAAGCUUUGUUUCUGAAAGGCAUUAACAGCAAGAAACCCCCGAGACCACCAUCCGAGGGUAGAGAGUUCAUUCAUAACCAGCCACACAGACCCCACAGCCGACAGAAGCACCGCACUGACAACAACAUCUCCCCGGCGACCACCUUGUGGGCACCUCCUGAGUCUUCCUUUCAUGCACCUGUUAUCUUGGCACCAGCUGCACCAUCGCCACUGUCCUCACCGACCCAUAAAGCUAAACCGUCUGUAACUAAUAGUGAAAGCUCUACAUCACAUGCCACUGGGUCGGCUUCAUAUGCUGACAUUAACCCUAAAGCUGAAGAGAGCAGAGGGAGAGAUGCAAACGUGUCUGCUCCAGCGGCGGAUGUAAAAGGAACAGAUAUAAAAGAAACUCCUAGAAGAGAAGAUUUGUAUGGCAAAAAGUCCACUGAGGAGUAUGAUGAUAAGCCAAGGAGAAGAGGCCGGCAUAAGAGACAGACUUCUCGCGACGCUGUGCCCGUCACAGAGACCAAGCAAGAACGACCGUCAAGCCGUGCCGACUCACUGAAGGAUGAGUACAAUGACUACGUUGAUGGAUAUUACCGUGACCACUAUGGCUACCGUCAAGACCGUAGACGCGACAACCGGAGAGGGUAUGAUGAAGAGUAUGAUCGUCCUCGGUCAAGACAAGAUGAGGAGAAGAGACCAAGGUCAAGGGCAGGUUAUGAUCGCCCAAGGUCAAGGACAGAUUAUGAUCGACCAAGAUCAAGGACAGAUUAUGACCGGCCUAGGUCAAGGACUGAUAAUGAUCGACCAAGGUCAAGGAUGGAUUAUGAUCAGUACAAUUAUGACCGUGAAUAUAGAAGCAGAUAUAAGGGUUAUGAUUACGACCCUUAUUACAGACAGCAUGCCUAUUACUAUGACCGUGAUUACUAUGAUUAUCAGAAUCGCUAUGCCAUCGGCUAUUACGACGAAUACUACAGACAUGCCUAUGACGAGAGAUACCAGCCUGGUUACUAUCAGGAGUCCUUAGCCACUUACGAGGACACGGAUCAUUUGAGUCAAACCUCUGGCGCGUCUCGCGGCAACACCCCAGCUGAUGAACUGGACCAGCAGUCUGUCAGAGAUCCGCACAGUUAUGGGAGUCGGCCGCACAGUCGCCAGCACCAGUACAGUCACUAUGAUGCCCACACGUACGCUGGUUAUGACAACAUGGGAUAUGGGUAUGGUUACCAAGGCUACCAUUACCCUGGAUAUGGAGAAUACGAGGCCAAAUCAGAGGCGGUUGCUAAGUUCUCCUUGCCUCAUGUGGGGGUAAGGUUUGGCCCGGGGGGUCAGCUAAUCACAAUACAGCCUAAUCGCCCUGCAGAGGGCCAGCCUGCAAUGGUCCAGAUCGACGACCUGCAGACCCUGUUACGGGACGACGAGGAAGCUGAGGAGAUCGAGAAAUUCCCAGGCCCUCUUAUCAAAGGAGAGACCCACAAGAAUGAUGUCCUCAUGUUCUGUCAGAGACAAGCCAAGAUGUGCAAAGAGGAUGUGGACAUGAUAGACAGAGACUCUGCAGAACUACUGUGGAAGUUCUUAGAGAUGCUGAUCAAGCAAAAUGGAACAGUGGUGGGUACAGACAUAGCCGACCUUCUGCUGGAGGGUCAUGAACCCACGACCAUGGAGUACAAGUCCACAGGGGUGAAAAUAUCCACAUCGCAGUCCCAGAGCCUGGAAAAUCUGGCGGAGGUUGGAGAGGACGAGACAGAGAAGACACUGACGGUCGUGGCUGACCGGUCACUUGUGAACCGCCGCAAGUCUCUGACCAUGGAGGAAGUCACGGACAGGUUCAGGCACCUGCUGCUGUACGGCCGAAAAAAGGACUCGCUUGAUUGGGCGAUGAAGAACAACCUCUGGGGCCACGCCCUGUUUCUGGCCAGUAAAAUGGACAAUCGGACACAUGCCAAUGUGAUGAUCAGGUUUGCUAACAGUUCAAUGCGCAUGAAUGACCCACUGCAGACGCUGUACCAGCUGAUGUCAGGCAGGCAACCUGCAGCUGUAACCUGUAUAUCAGAUGAGCGGUGGGGAGACUGGCGUCCUCACCUGGCCAUGGUCUUGUCCAAUCAAACACCAAAGCCAGAUGUGGAUAGGAAGAGUAUCCUCACACUGGGGGACACGCUUGCUUCUCGAGGAUACCUGUAUGCCAGUCAUUUCUGUUACUUGAUGGCCCAGAUAGACUUUGGCACUUACAGCAAGAAGACAUCUAAACUGGUCCUAAUCGGAUCAAGUCAUAAUUUACCAUUUGAUGAAUUUGCAACCAAUGAAGCUAUACAGUGUACAGAAGUUUAUGAAUAUGCAUUAUCAUUAGGGAAUCCACUAUCUGUAUUAGCCCCCUUCCAGCCGUAUAAAUUUCUCUAUGCUUGUCGGAUGGCAGAGUUUGGAUUUACCCAUGCUGCACUACAUUACUGUGAAGUGAUAGCCAGCACUGUCAAUCAGGCACCCGGCGUUUAUCCCCUGCCCUUCGUCAAACAACUUUGUGAUCUGUCAUGCCGAUUGAAGUAUUACGAUCCUCAGAGACAAGAGAUGGGGUAUGAUCUAGAGGAUCCCUACUGGCUUCAGCAGCUACAGAGGUCGUGUCAUGGGUUAGAGGAUGGUUCAAUCCAGCCCAUAUCCGGUACAGCCACGCCCCUUGGUUACGGUACGACAACUGGUAGUAGUGAGAGUGGGGAGAUAGCCGGGCUAACAAUGGCUGGCGACCCGAGGUACAUGCAGUACCAGGGAGUUGCGGAGGAGGACAGUGCUUAUCAGGCAGGCUACACAGCCGAGCAGUGGGCACAACAACAACAACAACAACAAGUCACUCAGGAAGGGGGGGAGGUCACAGGUCAAGGAGACCAGCUACCUUACUCAACAUACUCAGGGGAGACAACUCAACAACAGAUGGAUCCUAACUACUCUAACCAGACAUAUGACCCCAACCAGUAUAACCAGGGUUACAACUACGGAUAUCAGCAGCCUGAUGGCGCGUAUGGUUAUUCUGGUCAGACUGGAUAUGACGCAGGAGUGGAAAAGCGAUAUUUUCAAGAUUCCAGUGCACCGUCUGACUCGGGUUUUGUCGGUGAUCCUACCACUUACGGUGCCAGACGCUACAGCGUAUCCGGUGUGCCUGCCACGCAAAUGGCAGAUGAUGUUGACGGGAACUUAGCUGCUUCCUCCAACAGUGAUUAUUGGGGCGCAUCGAGCAACACUACGAAUAAGGUUCACGGUGGUCCAGUACGCCAAAGAACAGUGUCGGGUGGAAGCUCCUUGUCAUCCGGACGUCCUCGCACCCUCUCCGGGAGCAGCUCGCAUUCCAUUAAGGCGUCGCCUUACUCUAACAAGUCAGUUCAGCCCAUUCAAGCCAUGAAUGCUGCAGGCCAACAUAAAAAGGCUCACAACAACAACAACGCUGGGGGCGGUAUACUGAGUUUCCUGGCUAGCAAACUUACCUUCUCUACACCAAAGAAUGAGAUGAAGCUACCCAAGGAUGAGAACCCAUCUAUCAUCUGGGAUCCAGUAAAGAACAGAUGGGUGAAUACUGAUGGUGGGGAGGAGGAGCAAGAGACGCCCGCAGCCCCACCCCCUACAGAUUCACAGCUGACAGGUCCAGCUGGGUCUGGGGCAGGAAGCAUGGGCCCUCCAGGAGGAAAUAGAUUCCAGAAACCAACUGCCAGGGGUGCUCGUAGCCGUUAUGUAGAUGUCCUCAACCCAGGUUCUUCAUCCUCUGCAUCUGCCGGGGCCAGUGUCCCCACCAGCUUGUUCUCUGUCUUACCCACGUCCACGUCGACCGCACAGAAUAUCUUUGUACCUGGUGCAGUUCCAAGCAGUGAUGCCAGCUCGGCAACAAACCCUGGAGGUAGUGAGGCAACCCCGGCCCCGGUGCUUUCAGUACCAAGCGACACAUCCACUGGGAAUGAGCAUUCACGAUCCAGUUCAUUAAGUUCGCUCUCCCGAGAAGUUCAACAAUUUACACAACAGGCGAUAGCGCAGGCUGAACAAGAUGCCCAGCAAGCCGCGGCUUCAACCCCAUCUGGUGUUCCCGUCAUGUUCAACCCAUCACAAUUCAGUCAACAAAAUUUCAACCAGUCGGCAUCCUCGUCUGGAAGCUCUCGGCCGCGAUAUGGACAAAGGAGGCAGUAUCCAAAAUGAACAGUAACGUUGGUUUAGUCAAAUGUUUUGAUGACAUGAAGUGAAGAGUUCAUUUGAGAUAGUGCACUGGAGUAGACGGACUGUGUGUGAUGUCUUUAUUAUUACAGGAAAAGUAAAAUAAGGCCUUAUUGUUUCAAAGGGCAAAUUUCUGGAAGAUUUACGCACGUUUACAUGUACCGUACUUUAAUGUACAAUGAUCUUUUGGAAGAUGUUUCCAUCGAGUGAAGCACAUGUACAAGGUUCCACACUUCUACGUUUGGCCUUAAUUUGAAUGCAUAUAAAAUUCAAAGGGUGUUCUUGGCUCCUUUAUCAAAUGCGUCAUCGGUUCACUAGAUCUUGCACUUAACUCGUCUGACAUGUUUUUGAGGGGAAAUCAAUUUUUUUCUUGCAUUCAACGCAGUUAAACAUCGCGUCGUGUCACCUUUCAGAUGGGUAACUUGCGCGCCUUGUUUUUUUUUUUGGGGGGGGGGGGGGGGAAGCAUACCGUUGUCCUGAUGGAAAGGGUGUAAUCUUGAUACCUGAUGUAAUGAUAGAUCUUGUUUAUAUGUCAGUGUACCGCCGUCGGUUUAGUGGAAUAUUCUUGAAUUCGGCGUAAAACACCAGUCAAAUAAAUAAAUAAAUAUGUCAGUGUAACUGUACACGUAGAUGUGUCCCAGCAACAGCAAGAUUCAUACAUGUGUGCAGCUUUGCUUGUCCAAGAGAUUCAUUAUAUAUUGUAUAUGUCUACUAGACAAUCAGCAACUUUCACAUUAUCAGCGAACGUCUUCUGAGAAAUGAUUCAAGGAUAAUACUUGUGUGUAUUAUGAAAAUGUAUGUGGAAAGCGUACGUAGCAAGGUGUAUGGAUAUAGUAAUAGGUGCAUAUUUAAAAAAAAAAAAAACAAAGCUUCCAAGAUUUUUGGUAGCAACAUUUUUACUAUGGUGGCCACGUGAAGUCAAUGUUGCCACUGUCCUUGUAAAUCUGUAGAGUGUAAAGGGAAGUCUUUCACGAAGACUGUGAUUUGAAAUGUUCCUUCUGGUGCUGCGUGUUCCAGUAUAAUAAUUUAUUCAAUAUUUUGUACAUAUUGCCAACGUUAGACAUAGAUUGAGACAAUUGCUGUAUGUUUUCUCCGGAUUAUAUGCCUACAUUUUUGAAUCGAUCAAGAUGACAUGACAUGUACAGUCAAUUUUUCAUUUAAUUUCCACUCUUCCAGAUUUUUGUUCAAUUUGGAAUUUCACGUGUGUUUAGCUUUAUAAACUUAGUCUGUUAUAUGAAAAUGUGCAUGUUGAAAAUGUUCAAGUUGUACUUACAUGUAGCGGCAUUAUCAUACUAAAGGGACUGGGUGCUCAAUGUAUUGUAUAGAACAUAACAUGUCUGUUCAGACAUUCACAGGUUUCCUGUUUUAACAGUAAGAGAAUUUCAAUUUUUUUUACUUCUACGUACCCCAUUUCUUCAACCUCUUCACAAGUUUAAGGACAUCAUUGGAUGCAAUUUAUCCACCUUAAUGUUUUGAUUGUGGCGUUAGCUUAUUAUUGAUGAGUUACCUUGCAUUUGCAUCAUGGUUCUUCGAUCCUGUACGUGCGAAGGUCUGCCAGCAACCUGCAGAUUGUCGUGAGUUUCCCCCUGUUUAUCUGCCCCGUUUUCCUCCCACCACAAUGCUUGGCGGUGUUGUUCAAGUGAAAUAUUCUUGAGCACGGCGUAAAACACCAAUCAGAUAAAUAAAUAAAUAAAUACAUAUUGGCUUCAGUGAAAAUGUAAUAUAUUUUCAUUCCCUCAAAAUAUGCUUAAUAUAACCCCAUGUUACGAUGCGAAAAGGCUAAAGAAAUAGGGUACAGCCUUUAAAUGUGUAGUCAGUGUUUUGAACUUCUUACGACUGCAGGGUGUAGUGUAAUUUUUCUUAGUGUUUGCUUGCACUACAUGAACGUGUACUUCAAACAGAAUGAAUGAGGAUAUCAACAAAGACAAACACGUGUGACGAGAGUGUUCUGAUCCUAAGACAGAAUGUACUAGUGCUUCGUGAAUAGUUAUGUUGCACAAUAUUCAUUGUCUCUCAGAACAUUCGUGUACAGUUGCCAUCUUUACAGAGCUAAUGCAUUUGUUGUUGCUGUAUGGCCAUGUCAUGACGUUAAAAUGGCAAUUCAGGAAUUUUGCAAUCCACAAACCUGAAUCAGUGUAGUUACAAGACUUCGAGAGCGUGCUUGAACUGGCGCGGUGUUGUUUGUGUUUAAUUAGAGCCAGAACUACCCCGAGCAUAGGUCAGAUGUGUGAGAAUGAACCAAUUAUUAUCAUCAGACAGUCUACAUAUAGAGGAUUUGUGCACCCCAAACUGAUUUGUCUCAUAUCGUACUGUGUUGCCAAACUGGUCCAUCGAUCAUCCAGCACAACGUGCACAUGAAGCUGAUUGAUCUUAAUAUACUUUGUUUCAUGUUCGUGGUGAAAAAUGCGUCAAUUGUUUUCCUUUUAUCUUAUAGCAAAGCUCUUUUUAUUAAAAGUGGUUUUUAGUUUUUAUUAUUUUGUUUCCCUAAAUUAUUUUGUGAGCAGUGUGGCCAGUUUAAAAGUGCAGAUUGUUAGCAUUUCUAUUUCUUCUUCAUACAGAUAUACCGUGCGUGUAAUUGAUUUUCUAAGGGUGGCGUUUUACUUUCCAUUAGAAACAUCAUUCUACAUUUUUUUUUGUCACAGGUUAUGAGUGGUAUAUAUCAAAUCUAUAUAGAACAUGCAUAAAUAAAAAAUCAUAAAACAUUGUACUUGAUUUAAGCGGUUAUGCUGUCCUCUGUGCUGACUAUUACUAUGGAGAACCAUCAGCAUGUGAAAUCUGAAAGCACAUUUUUAAUCAGAGCGUAAAAUUAUGAACAGUAAUAGUUCUUAUAAAAUUGUGUAUGUGUCAAAGAGCAUGGUCUACGACCUAUCUAUUUAUGUUUGCCUCCUGGUGAUUCGGGACAUAUUGAGAAAAAGAGGCUUCGAGAGUUUAUUGCCCUCGUCUGGUACAAUCGUUGUGCCAGAAAUUUAUAUGAUACACGAGAAAUAAAAUUAUAUAUUC